AUGUUUUCUUAAAGGCAUAAACCUCGAAACGCAUCAUUGGCAAUUCAAUAAGAUAAAUACAUUAAAAAAUAAGUUCAACUUAGCAAAAAGGAAAGCAAACCUCGAUAUUUAACACCAAAAAAAUAAAAUCAAUCAUUCUAGGCUCGAUUAUUAGAUCUCCCAAUAAUUUCUUCCAGUCCUAAAAAUUAACUCUGUGUUACCUAAAUCUUCACUUAAACCAAUGAAAAAGAAAGAAAUCCUUAUAUCUAUAAUUGGAAUUAAAAAUUUGAUGCUUUGUUGUGUGGAACCUUAAGAACAUUCAAUUUAACUAAAGAAUAAAAACUAUUCAACAAAUCGUUUAGUUUUGAAGAAUAACAAGAGAUUAUUAAGUCAUUUAAAUAAAAAGCACCUCCACUAGUUGGAAAAAAACCAAAGGUCAGAUAACUGAAAAAGAAGGAAUUUGACAAAGAAUUUGUAAUUGAUGAUAUAUCAUAAUAUUUUAAUAAAAUUCAAGAUUGA